GCUGGGACAUGACAUGCGUUGGGUUCCCAAGCGAAGCUGGUUUCACUCCCGGUUUGCUGGGAGCGCUGGAGGGUUCUCCUGGCUCUGGCGACGGGCCUGCUCCUGACUUCAGCGUGGUGCCCCUGUACCUGGAGCGCUCCCCGGACCUGCCCUGGGCAGCCCCGCGCCUUGGCUCGGGCUGGAGCUGGGCUGUGAACGCUCUGCCGGGCUGCCGUGUAAUCGGGCUGCCCUGGGCCGAGCGGGUCAUGAACAAGCUGGGCCGGGACUGGCAGUGACGGCCGCAGAGCGCACAGCGGAGGGGCUCUGCGGGGCUGGUGCGUGGCUCCCGCUGGGCUCCCCGGGCGUCUCGGAAGCACCUCGCCGGCCGUGGCAGGAGCAGUUCGAGUCCAGGCGUGGGAUCGAAGCCCCCCUUCCUGCGUGUACCCGUAACACGCUCCGCAGGGCGCGGGGGGACUGCACUUUAGCUGUCCACGCCCCCCGACCCCUCUAGGGAAGGAUCGUUUCCUGAGCGGCCGGUGGGUGGCAGAGGCAGGGGGCGGCUCUGGCAUCUGUUCUCUGGGUGUUUGAAAUCCCGUCUCCCCCAAGCCGGAGAGGCCGGGGGAAGAAUGGAGUGUCCUUUGAACGCGCUCCAGCAGCGACAGGUGGCCUGAAAGGCGACGCGUAACGGUCUCCCCCUGGUGUAAAGGAUACUUCUCUCCCCACACUAAUCCGGCUCCGUCCCGCUGAGUAUAGAAGGGGCCGGCUCCGUCCCAGCAUUGGCAUAGCUCGGAUGCUGCUCUGACUGCCUGCUGCAACGGGGACCCAGGGCAUGGCGGGGGGGUGCUAGGACUCGCGCUCCUGAUGGCCGCAGCAGAAGGAAGCGCCGAGCACGUGCUGCGGAGCAUGGAAGCAGAAGCCUCACUAAAGCCUGCAGAGAUGCCCCAGGCUUUGGAGGGCCCCUCAGGGCAGCCAGCUGCUGCCACAGCUCCUUCGGAGGGGGCGCCCAUGGGCCAGAACGCCAGGCCUUGCACCAGCGUGGGGGAGGGCAUGGCCCCUGGAGGAGCAGAGAGCCACGCUGGCCAGUCGGCCCCAGCAACCUCGCAGCCAGUGGAGAGAGAAGGAGAAAAGGCAGAGCCUGGAGAGAAGAGCGUCCCCAUGGCUGGGAAGGGGACGAAGGCCAGUGGGAAGAAAGCAGUGGCCAAGGAGGGGGCAGAAAUCCAGAGCCAGCCUACGGCCUCCAAGCAUGAGCCCCCAGCUCCCCAGCGGAGCCUGAGCUGCCCAGUCAGCAGCCAGAGACCAGGGGAGGAGCCCCAGGCUGUGAAGAUGGGAGCUGAAGGGAAGAGUCCGCAGGGUACAGCAACUCCUGCCAAAGGAGUCAGCGCUUUGCCAGCAGAACCCAGUCUAGCGGAGGUGCUUGGCCCUGCUUCGGAUGCCCCCAGAGACCAGACUUGUCCAGAGAAACCCACCCCAAGUGAGGCGUCCAGCCCAGCUAGCAGCAGUGGGCACCUGACCCCUGCAGAGCCCCCCAGCUCGGUGGGGCUACCCCACCCGGCUUCAGACGAGACCCCUGCAGAGCCCCCCAGCUCGGUGGGGCUACCCCACCCGGCUUCAGACGAGACCCCUGCAGAGCCCCCCCAGCUCGGUGGGGCUACCCCACCCGGCUUCAGACGAGACCCCUGCAGAGCCCCCCAGCUCGGUGGGGCUACCCCACCCGGCUUCAGACGAGACCCCUGCAGAGCCCCCCAGCUCGGAGGGGCUACCCCACCCGGCUUCAGACGAGACCCCUGCAGAGCCCCCCAGCUCGGAGGGGCUACCCCACCCGGCUUCAGACGAGACCCCUGCAGAGCCCCCCAGCUCAGUGGAACAGCCUCCUCCAGCCUUGGACAGCGCCGGAAAUUUGGGGAAAACAGGCCCUGUCGCUGGGGAACAGCCACCUUCACCAGAGGAGGAGGAAGUGGAGCCCCCGCCCAGCCCCUACCUAACGCCAGACUUCGGGAAAGAGGACCCUUUCCAGAUACUGGACGAUAUUCCUCCGCCGCCCGCUCCCUUCGCCCAUCGCAUUGUCUCCCUGAAAUCCGGCACCGUGAACAGCAUGUUCAACAUCAACACCAAGGAGAUGCUGGGCGGGAGAUGGCCUUGGUUGAAAUCGAGGUGAUGAACCAACUGAACCACAGGAACCUGAUCCAGCUCUACGACGCCUUCGAGACACCCCGGGAAAUCGUCCUCUUCAUGGAGUUCGUGGAGGGCGGGGAGCUCUUUGAGCGCAUCAUCGACGAGGAUUACCACCUGACAGAAGUGGACUGCAUGGUGUUCGUGAGGCAGAUCUGCGACGGGAUCACCUUCAUGCAUCAGAUGCACGUCCUGCACUUGGACCUCAAGCCUGAGAACAUCCUGUGUGUCACCUCCACGGGGCACAUGGUGAAGAUCAUCGACUUUGGGCUGGCACGAAGAUACAACCCCCGGGAGAAGCUGAAAGUGAACUUUGGGACCCCCGAGUUCCUGUCCCCGGAGGUGGUGAACUACGACCAAGUCUCCUAUUCGACAGACAUGUGGAGUCUGGGUGUGAUCACCUACAUGUUGCUAAGUGGCCUCUCCCCUUUCCUGGGAGACGACGACGCGGAAACCCUGAACAAUGUCCUGGCAGCCACGUGGUACUUUGACGAGGAAGCCUUUGAGGGCAUCUCAGACGAAGCCAAGGACUUUGUCUCGAAUCUGAUUAUCAAGCAGAAGAGCGGCCGGAUGAGUGCGGCCAGGUGCCUCCAGCACCCCUGGCUGAACGACCUGGCUGAGAAGGCCAAGCGCUGCAACCGGCGCCUGAAAUCCCAGGUCCUGCUCCGGAAGUAUGUCAUGCGGCGGCGCUGGAAGAAAAACUUCAUUGGUGUGUGUGCUGCCAACCGAUUCAAGAAGAUCAGCAGCUCGGGAUCCCUGACGGCGUUGGGUGUCUGAGUGUGGGGCUGAGCUGGGUGGGAUUUGAGCAACGCGUGAGUCAAGGCCAAAGGGCAAUCCCCUGAAACCUGAGCUGUGCUCUGAAGGCCUACUCCCCGGGGCUUGCACAGGAAAGUGGCAUGUAGUCCCUGCUUCUGGAGGCAGGAGGAUCUCCACUUGGGUUCAGAAUCAAUCCGCUUCCCAAACACAAGGAGUUCACUGCUGGGGCAAUGAAUUGAGAGAUCCCAGUCCUGUACAGAUGUGUAAUUCCUGCUCCCACUGCAGUGAGAUUACUGCUGGAUCCCAUCCUGCUGAGAGUCCUGCUCUAGAUUCUGUCCCUGCCAUGAGAUUCCUUCUCUAGAUUCUAUCCCGCACUGUCACUGCUCCAGGGUCCAGACCACUGGGAUAAUGCUGCUCUGGAUCCUGAACUGCUGUGAGCUGACUCCUCUCGGUCCUGUGCCCGGUGUGAGGCUCCUGCCCUGGAUCCCAUGCUGCUGCAAAGCUGCCUUUGUGGAUCUCCUUCUGGUUCAAUAUCACAACCCUGGAAUUCUCAUUCUCUGUGACGAGGUGCCUGGAUCCUGUACCACUAGGACAUGCUACACCUUUGAUCCCCUUUGAGAUUACUGGUCUGGAGCUCACACAAGCGUGGUGUUGCCAUCUUAGCACCCUGUAUCCCUGCUACAGAUUCUGUACAGCUGUGACACCUACCACUCUGCAUCCCAUAGGCUCCUGCUCCUAACCAACUGUGCAGUUACCAGCCCAGGUCUCUUCUGUAUCCCCUAGUGCGCCUGGAUUGUUACUCUGAGUCCCAUCCUCCCUGUGCUGCUAUCGGCCUGGAUCCUUUGCUGUCGUGAGACGACUGCGCUGAACUCGCCGAGCUGUGGAAUUGCCAGCUGGACUCCCAGUGCACGGUGCGACCAGAGGUGCAGAGAGCACCUUGCAAACCCUAGACUGCAGCAUCCUUAGACUCCACAUUGCAAUUCCCUGCGUUCUGCUAUUUGUGUUCAACUUCCGUUCUGCGACUUGCAAUGGGACACGCAGACCAGCCUAAUGAGUGGGGCAGGGUCCGUGCACCACACACCAGUCUCUACCCGAGAACCAAGAUUCCUGCUCUCUGCCUCUGAGUGCAAUAGGAGAUCCACCAUGGCUAUGUCACAGGACUGCUGGUCACAGCCUCUGUGCACUGCUGUCUGGAUCUGUGCUCCCAGCUCCUGAGUGCAGGAGGAGUAACGUAACUGCGUGCUACUGUCGGGAUUUGCACUCAAGCCCUCGGAGUGCAGCAUGUACUCCCCGGCCUGCAGGUAGGAUGCCUACUGCCAGCCUCUGGAUCUGCUCACCGCUGGACUAGCAUGCGAGGCUGCUGCUUGAGCAGAAACCCUCCUCUGCCCAUGAUCAGGGUCCUAGAAGCCGGCGUGCAGGGCUGAGUUCCUGUCAGUGCCGGGAGGCUCCACGCACAGGAAAGGAGGAAGUGCAGAGCACAGAUUUCAGGCGCGUUCCCCAGAUGGAGGCCAGGGAAGAAAGAAGGCGGCUUUGUGCUAGUUCCUAACCUCCCUGCCCUUCUGCGCUGCUAGCGGGGGGGAGAACACAACCUUCCCUUCACACGUCCCCCAGAAGAUAAAGGCAAGAGAGCAUCCUAAUGCAGACCAGCUGGGCUCGCCGCUCCCCCUCGCACAUAUGAAAGGACUGCUUCAGCACUGACCACCAACACACAGGAACUACCCUUUGCUCGCUGGGCCCAGGGACCCCCCGAUGGGAGGAGAGUGUGGGAGCUCCCUCAGGUUCUGGACUUUCCUUCCUGUUCCAUCCUGAGCCUGAACCAUUGUGCUCCACAGCUGGCAGGGCUUGGUCCGAGGGAAACCCCCUGCAGACCCGCCAUCAAUGUCUGAGCUGCCCGGGGGAUCUAGGCCCCUCUAGGGUGGGGUGUAAUGAUGGGAGUUGCCUCCCCUGGUGAUGCGGGAGCUCCUGUGUGGCUCAGUGUACUGACGUAGUAGCUAGGGGUAGGGAUGGGAGGAUCCUCCAUGGAGUCUGUGCCUCUCUUGGGAGGGGGUUUGCAGAACGAGUCUGAGGCCACGCCCCUUUCUGUCCAGGUGAACCCCGGGCUUGGUGUCGUCCACGGGCGAUUCAUUAUGAAAAAGCAGGGUGCUAGCUAACGGGCAGCCUGUAUCUGUUAGGCACAGAAAUAGCCAGACAGCACUUGACCUAGCCCAAAAGUGCCUCACACAGAACAUGGGCACUGAGCCACACCCUCAGCUGGGGUACGCUGGUGGGACUCCAUUGACCUCAGAGGAUCUGCACCAGUUUACCCCAGCUGAGGUCUAUCUCUCUUCGCUAAAACCCUUCUCCCUCUGCCCCAUUUUCACCCUGGGUCCACUGGAUUUCCUCUGCCCAGCAGAGCAUAAACCCAGAUGUUGGACUCCAGCCCCUGUGUGUGUACCCUCCCUAGCAGCAGCCCCCCAGUAGUGCAGAAAGAUGUACGUUCUCUUGAGAGACGCCGGAGCUCUCAGCUUAAUGUAAAUAAAUGUACAGGCCCGAUGCCAA